AUGAUAGGAGGAAAAUCAUGGGUGCUUGUUGAAUAUGUGUUCGAAGAUUAUCCGGCCGGUAUGAGAAUGAUAGGUGUCCUUAGCCGCGGCAAAGACCGCCGCUGGUGGGGUGGCCACUUCGGUUCGAAAUUCGGAGCUACAGAAGUUUUCAUAAAUCUACCUGAUUAUCCGAGAUUGCUGGCUCUUGAUGAAUCAAUAGAAGCUUGGAGCACUCUUGAAGACUGA